CUGUUGAAAAAAGAAAAGUACCAAAAAAUGACAAAAACAGUGAGGUGCAGGGAGCUGCAGUGUCAGAAGUAGCUAACUGAGACAUGACUGGUCACACAGGAAGAAAGAAAAGAAAGCAUCAAACUAUGAAGGCAAUUAAGGACCGUUGAUUCUGCUUCCAUUUUGUGACAGCAAUGGUGUCAUCGAGAGAACACAAACCUUCCUCUUCCUCGCACAAACCCAUCAUGGAAGAUGUUUGGGAAGACAUCGACAUCGACAUCAACAUCAACAUAAACCUCAACCUCACACACGCCGCUUCCAAAGCUGCUAAAUUUCAAGACUUCCUAGCACGACCCUCGCCGCCACCUUCUCCUCUCACUGCGCUCAGCCUCGCCACGCGCUCCGAGUCCCACAUCGACCCUCUCGCGCACAACGACCUCAAGCUCGCCCUAUUACCUUACCCCUCCAAGGCUCAACCUCAACCCUUCCCCAACCGGACUCCCACGUGCGACUCCUCCAAGAGGCCCCUCACGUGCGCCGCCGCCUCCGGGGACACGCGCAACGUGCGCUUGAUGAAAAACCGGGAAUCUGCUGCAAGAUCGAGAGCCAGAAAGCAGGCUUACGAGUUUGAGUUGCGGCAAAAAAUCAAGCAGUUGCAAGAGGAGAACGCGAGACUGAGGAGACAGCAGCAACUGGUAGAUGAAAAUUGAUGCUAUCAAGUAGCCAUGGGUUGCCUCAGAUGCUUAGAUUCCCUUGGGAACCAAAGACACAAAGAUUUAUCUUUUAAUAAAUGGGAACCAAAGACACUAAAGGAGUUGCUAAAGAGAAAAGAGAAGAUUUAUCUUUUAAUAAAUGAAGGCACCUAAGAGUACAUGGUUCGAAUGUUGCAAUAGGAGAGAAGGGUUAUGGUGUUAACAAAGAAGAAUGUUAACUUGACUCAACCAACGAUUAACGAGAACCACGUGGAGGUGAAGGAAGAGAUUGAGCUCUCAAACGUUGUUCGACUGUUGAGGGAAGAAAUGAUAGUGAUGUAGCAGAUGCGCGAAAAGAAUUCCCAAGAACUCUUGGUUCUUAGGCGUGAGAAUGCAGAGCUAAGAAGUUAGAAGCGAAUGUGGCACCCAUCCAAAUAGACCCACUAAGAGGCAUCCUCUUAUCAUGCUCCCUCUUGGACGUUUGUACGUACUAGUCAAGUUCCACAACCUUCAUCCCUUGAUAUGUCAACGGGACCCAAUCAACACCCUUUCACUCAGAGGGUCAUGAAAGCUCCCUUGCUAGAAAACUUGAAGAGUCUCUCACUUGAUAGAUAUGACACGUCAUCCAACCCUAAUGAACACCUAGAUGCAUACCUUACUCAAGUUACAUUGUCAACCCAAGAUGAAGCCUCCCUAAGCUGCAUUUUCCUAACAUCCCUCAAGGGUCGAGCCCUCAGCUUGUUCACCCAACUCUCGUCUAAAUCAGUGGAAUCUUUUAGCGACCUAGCCUCCAUGUUCCUCAUUUAGUUUUCCACAAGUAAAUCUUAUCAAGUAACAUCGCUCACUCUCGCCAAUCUUCAACGAGGAAGGAAAUAGUUUUUGUGGUCCUUCAUGGAUUGAUUUAAUAAGAUUGUUAUGGAGAUCAAGAGCUUAGAUCCAGGAGUGGCCAUGGAUCGAUUGGACAUGGCGCUGAGAGAGGGACAGUUCGUUGAUAGUCUGCACAAAAAAAACCCUCAGGACAUGAUUGAAUUAAGAAGAGUUGAGAAAUAUAUACAAAUGGAGGAGCUAGUGGAGAGUCAUAGCCAAGUGAGGUUCAAGGGGCAUUAACAGCCAAAGAAAGAGAGAGAAUUCUUUGGCAAAGAAAAGGAAAACUUGCAACAACUGGGACGACCCUUUACAUGUUCGACAAAACCUCAAGGACGGAGCCUACAAGUUAGAAGAAUUCUUGGGCAGAGCAAUCCCAAACAUGGAACUCCAUCCACUUGAAGAUAUAUUAUAGUUGAUGUAUAAAUUCAUGUAAUGUACAUUCUUUUCCUCACUCGAUCUUUUAUCCUAAUAGAACGUGAAAGAGUUUUGGAUUAUAAGGUUUUUGAUGUGACACUCAAAUACAUUUAACGAAAAGGUUGCAAGUAUACUCAAGCAACCGCCACAUCAUAGUUUCUUUAUUUUCAAUUCCUUGCUAACUUAUUACAAAAUUUUACAAGGGUUCCCUUCCAAAUUCUCACUC